AUGCCUUGUCGAUCUCAAAAAGUUUUAUGUAAUAAAAAAAAAUCAAAUUCAUCUAACACAGGAACAGAUCAAUUAAUACCAUUGAAUAUGAAUGCAUGUAAUCAAACACAAUCUAAUAUAAUUUCUCAUUUGGAAUCAAUUGGUAAUUUAAUAAUUAAUGAAUUAACAGGGUCAGAACGUAAUCGUUUAAAACAACAAUUACUUAUAUCUUGUAUUUCAAAUACAAAUCCAAUUCAUAAUUUACCAUUUUCUUCAUCAAAAACAAAUUUAAAACAAGUAUUAACUGAUUUACAUACAUAUGAUUGUCAUACGCAACGACAAUAUCGUACAAUUGGUAUAGGUGAUAAUGAUAUAAAUAUAAGUACAUCAAAAACAAAUGUUAAUCAAUUAGAUAUAACAACAACACAAAAUAAUAAUACAAAUAUAUUAAAUAAUGAAAUUCAAUUAUCAACAAUAACAAAACGUAAAAAACGACAAAUUAAUCAUUUAAAUUUAUUACAAAUAAAUGAACCAAAGAAUAAUACAUCGAAUAUAAUAACACGAACUAUAUGCACAAGAAGUUCAAAAUUGAAUAGUUUAAAUAACAAUCAAGAACAAUCGAAUUCUGUUAUUCUUCAUCGAACACGUAAACGUCGAUUAUCUUUGAUAAAUCCAUCAACUCCAAGCAAUAAUAAUGUAGUAGAUAAUACAAUAGAAGAAUCUCAUUUAGAUUUACAAAAAAAUAUCGGAAAUGAUGUAUCUGGUAUAAAAGUAUCUCGUAAAAAACUUCAAUCAUCUGUUCCAUUGUUAACAUCAAUCGAAUAUUCAAAAACUAUAAACGAUUUUUAA